UUUCCGUUCAUUUUAGGAGGGAGUCAAUAGCAUAGUGAGCACGGUGACGAUCAGUGCUGAAGAAUUGAGAUUUGAAAGGAACGAAAGCGUCCAUUUUCAGCUCUUGAUGUACGAAUAUCUAAUUUAAUGUACAUCUAUCAAGAUAUUAACAAAGUCGUUCUACCCGAAUGGAGAGUCAAUUAAACUUAUCAAAACUAGAAAACGUAUCAAUGAUUGAAUCUUCUGAAAUUUUUCAUUUGCCUGACGUACCUGAGAUAUCAGAAGUAUUAGAACCUACAGGUCUCAGUCCAUUAACUUCGUCUCUGGAUCAAACUCUUACAUUACAGGCAGAAAAUAUGACUAUUGAAGAAUUGUGGACCGAAGCAAGUAGCCCUGUAUCAGACCGUGCUAUUCCGCUUCCACCUGCACCUGAAUUAAAUGAUUUCCGAGAUGUUGAUUUUAGAGAUUCUAACACAGAUACAAAUGUUGAUUCAGGAGCAUUAGUACAAUAUGGUCCGUUUUUCCCACCUUCGGGAACACCGGCAUUAAACAAUAUUUUUGCUGAGACUGGAGAUGUUCAGGAUGAUUCUACAAUGGGUCCUUUACCUGGCCAUACAGAAAUAGUUGUUUUAUCUGUUGGAGUUUGUGGACUUCGUAAUCUUGGAAAUACUUGCUUUAUGGCUGCUGGUUUACAAUGUUUAACUGCGACGCCACCUGUUUUACAUCAUUUUUUGAAUUUAGAAGAAAAAGGAGAAAAAUUACCACCGCCUGGAUCUUUAAUGGCACACUUUAGUGGACUUCUUUGCAAAAUGUGGUCAGGCAAAUACAGUGCAUUAAAGCCAACUGAAUUUAAACAGACAUUGGGUGUAUACCACUCCCAAUUCAAGGAUUACAGACAGCAUGACUGCCAAGAGUUCCUUGCUCUACUGCUAGACUCUCUGCACGAGCAAAUGAAUAUGGCAAAAUCAUCUAAGAAUUGCCACGUUCCAGUAUCAACGUCAACUGCCAAAUCAUCCUUUAAUCUCAUUGAAAAUUCAAAUGGAAAGAAUGUUUCCUCCGCCACUGCCACUAGGAAUUCAAACUGUGCUAGCGAUUUCUUAGAAGCUUAUAACUGUUUACCAACAUUAGAUUCCCCUAAUAGUCCAAAUCUUACAAUGGCUGGUUCUUUAAGAGAUUUUAACUCACCAGUAUGUGAAUUAGAUAGUACUGCAAAUUCGCCAAGAUGCUCACCUUUAAAUGACGACGACGAUGAAGAGACUUUAGAUUCUGAAGAAAUGAUGGGUACAAAAGCAGGAUCUUUCAUACAUAAUGAAGUUAAUGAAGGAAGUUCCGACGCAUGUUCUUUAAUGUUUAAUUCUUGGGACAAAUUAUACAAAAAUGUUCCACAACUUCAUGGAUUGUAUGAUAUUCACAAAGAAGCUAAAACUAGUAAUGCUAAUUUCCUUGUAACGCAGCAAGAAUGUAAUAAUGAAAUUCAUUACGAUUCGCAAAAAUUUCCAAAAGAGAAUGUUCGUAGAAUGCCAUUGGAUAAUUCUAACUUAAUGGAGAAUCAUGAUUUUGACAAUAAAAGUAUUAGUAUUAAACGUAUUAAAGAAGUUAACAUACAGAAAAGCAAUUGCGAAGUAGAUUGUGUUUCAAGUUGUUCUGACUUAGAAUACGAUAGAGAUUUAGAAAAGUGUAAUGUAAAGCGAAUGAGAUUGGAAGAUCAAGAAAAAAAUCAUAAAUGUGAUGGUUUAAGUGGUACCAUACAAUGUUUGCGUACCUUACAAUCUGGUGAAAAUGGAUCGGUUAUUCCACAAGAUGAACUUGAAGCUGAUAAACAUUGGGCUAAGCAUUUACGUUGUAAUAAUAGUAUUAUAGUAGAUACUUUUCAAGGACAAUUUAAAAGUACAGUUAUAUGUGCUGUCUGUAAACAUGUUUCGGUAACGUACGAACCAUUUAUGUAUCUUUCGGUUCCUUUACCUCGUGCAAUGGAAAGGCAAUUUACCAUAACAUAUGUCCCAGCAUAUGAUGCUCAACCUAUAAGAUGUGUAGUAUCACUAAAUAAACAAUCGCGUAUAGGAAAAUUAAAGGAAGAAUUGUUACAUACUCUUGAGAAGGAAACAGUAUCAUUAGCAAAUAUUGCAUUGGCUGAAAUUCUUGAAAAUCACAUAUCAAAAAUUUUGGAUGAUAAUACAUUAUUGAGACACAUCAAUGACACUAAUCGAUCCAUAUAUGCAUUUGAAUUGACGGAUCCUCCUGAUGCAUGUACCAUCCUAUCUGACAGUGGUGGAGAGCGUUUAACAGAAGCUGAAUCUUGUCAAAGAAGUACAGUUGCAAAUGAAGCAAUUCAAUGUACAAUAUGCCUUGAUGAAACAGGUGUUGGUUUGAAAAAACACGAAGCUAACAAUUGCAACUUCAUUAUAUGUGACUCGUGUAUAGAAAAUUACUUUUCAAAUCAAGUGGACCAAAAAACGUGCCCAGUAUGUAAAACUCAUAUAACAGAUUUUACCAAAGUGGAUCACACCAGUCGACCGAGACCUGUUGUUCGAAUUUUGAAUGUUCCUUUGGUUUUAAGACACGAUACUACUUAUGAAGCAUCAAACAAUCUUAAGAGUACAAACCUAUUUGGUCACCCAUAUUUAGUUAGAUUACCGUCAAGAGUAAAUGCUAAAGACUUGUACGAUGUUGUUAGGAAAAACAUACCGCAAGAAGGACAUUAUACUGUUCAUUUUGUUGAUGGGCAGGGUCAUCACUGCUCUCGAUGUAUGUAUAAUAAACCUUGUAAGGGUUGCAGUGUACCAGAGUCUGGUAUAAUAACUCUACAAAAUGGUGAUAACCUUGCUGUUUGUUAUACCGAACAUGUUCCUAAAACGGCAUCCCCAAUUGAUCAUACUAGUAUUACAAAACAACAUGAUCCUUUAUCAUUAUAUGAAUGCUUACAAGCAUUUAGUCAAAGCGAAACUUUGGAUGAACACAAUCCUUGGUUUUGUCCCAAAUGUGAACGGAAUCAAUGUGCUACCAAGACUCUAACAGUUCAUAGGUAUCCCAAGUUCCUCAUAGUUUACUUAAAACGAUUCGUAUUUUAUGAGUGUACUAGUUUAAAGCUGGACGAUAAAGUUACAUUCCCUUUAGUUGAUCUUAACAUAGGUCGUCAUUUAUAUGAUCUUUAUGCUUGCGUAUGUCAUUUUGGAGGUGUAUCAGCAGGACAUUAUACUGCAUAUGCAAAAAAUCCCCGUACUGACGUAUGGUAUUAUUAUAACGAUGACAUUACUAGUAAACAAAUACCACAAGAAGAGGAUUUUAGUAAUGCAUACAUAUUAUUUUACAGUCGACAAGGAGUCAAUUUAAAAUCGUGCAAUUUAUAACCGCUAAAGUACCUAACCGGUUGGUACAAAUCUCCGGUCAGGCAGACGAUAAUGAAAGAGCAAAAGUAUUUUCAAUCAAGCAUCAUUAUUCGUUCAGCGAUCAUGUCAAAAUGGUUUUUAGAUCGUCGAUCGUUUUCUUUUUUAUUCCUGUUCUCGUUGUUAUUGUUGUUCUUUCAGAAACUUAAAUUACCUUCUUAACUCGGUAUUAUGAACAGAACAACAUUUACAUGCAAGUUUUAAAAAGAGAAAUAGAGGAAAUAAUGGAUCAUAUGUUUUCUCUAAAAUAAUUGUAUCGUUGAUACAAGCAUGCAUUAAACGUGGUAUGAUCUACUUUUUAAAAGGUCUGAGCAUAUUUAUACUGCACAGUCUGUAAAUGUAUAUCGAAUUUGUACAGUAGUUAAUUAAUGUAUAUAUUAUGAAGAAGCAUAAUUUAUUAGCGAAUAAAACAUGAAGGUUCUAACAAGUA